AGCGCCGGAAGCCCGCAGGGCCGGAACCUCAGAGGCGGGUCGCGGCGGCGCAGAGGAGGUCAGUUGCGGGAGCGCUUCCGGGCACGGCGCCGCCAUGAGACUGACUCCGCGCGCGCUGUGCAGCGCCGCCAAGGCCGCCUGGCGGGAGAACUUCCCUCUGUGCGGUCGCGACGUGGCGCGCUGGUUCCCGGGCCACAUGGCCAAGGGGCUGAAGAAGAUGCAGAGCAGCCUGAAGCUGGUGGACUGUAUCAUCGAGGUCCACGAUGCCCGGAUCCCACUUUCAGGCCGCAACCCUCUGUUUCAGGAAACCCUUGGGCUUAAGCCUCACUUGCUGGUCCUCAACAAGAUGGACUUGGCGGAUCUUACAGAGCAGCAGAAAAUUAUGCAACGCUUAGAAGGAGAAGGCCUAAAAAAUGUCGUUUUUACCAACUGUGUAAAGGAUGAGAAUGUCAAGCAGAUCAUCCCGAUGGUCACUGAACUGAUUGGGAGGAGCCACCGCUACCACCGAAGAGAGAACCUGGAGUACUGUAUCAUGGUCAUCGGGGUCCCCAACGUGGGCAAGUCCUCCCUCAUCAACUCCCUCCGGAGGCAGCACCUCAGGAAAGGUACUGGCGCGUGCAUCUCAUCUUGGUCAUCCACAGCGCCACAGUCACUGUCACCCACAGGAGGUGCCUGGCCAUGGCCUUCGUGGCAUUCAGGAGGAAGGGCCCAGCCUGGCUGUUUGCGUGGUAUCAGUGCUGGGCCCCCUGGCGCUGACCUGCAGCCUGUGUGCAGGUACGUGCAGCACUACGGCCUGGGCAGUGCCUGUGACAGCAUAGAGCACGUGCUGAAGAGUGUGGCUGUGAAGCUGGGGAAGACGCAGAAGGUGAAGGUGCUCACGGGCACGGGUAACGUGAACGUUAUUCAGCCUAACUAUCCUGCAGCAGCCCGUGACUUCCUCCAGACCUUCCGCCGCGGGCUGCUGGGCCCCGUGAUGCUGGACCUCGACGUCCUGCGGGGCCACCCCCCGGUCUGAGACUGUGCCCUGAACUUGUCCGGGUGGGGAGGGCCAGAGGCAUGUGGCCUCCCAGACCUGACCUGGGUGGUUGGGGCCCAAGACAGCUCACCUGGUCCAGAAGCUCCAUGCUGGCCACUAGGGUGCUGUGCUCUCUGGCGCCCCACGGCCUGGCCAGCUCCAGGGGCCCCAGUUCCAGGGGACAAGCAGGUGGGAGUGGACACCAGGCUCUGCAGUGGACGUCCCUGAGCAGCUCCACAUGCUCGGUUCUCCCAGAGCUUUCUGCUCAGGCCUCUUGAGAAAUGGAUGCUCAGAAGGAGUUAAAACUAUAACCUGUAACCUUUAAAAUCUCCAA